AAAACUCUCUCUACUUUAUCUUCCCUCCAUACCCUACGAGACCCGACCAAGACUUUCUCUUCCCUCCAUCCCCUGUGAGACCCUCCCCUCUUUCCCAUUCCCAUUGUCUUCCCCGGGAAGCUAGAAGCAGCCUUCCAUCCCAGUCGAAAAUCAUUCCCUGGCCGGUUAUCUAUCUAUCUCGUCAGAUGCAAAAUAGGACUCCAUUUUAGAAAGUCAAACGCGUCCCCCCAAACUGAUAACUCCGUCCAUUAUUUCACUUCCCACCUCCAACAUUUGUCUUGCCUAUAACUCCUUAAUUCCUCUUCCCUCUUCCUCUCCAGAUUAUGAUCCAUUUCUAUAUCUCUCUAAACCACCACACGUUUUCUUGAUUUCCCAGAUGAAAUCAAAUUACCUCUUUCCCAUCCUUUCGUCACCCACUUUUCCUCUGUUGAAUCUAUGCAUAUUCCUCAUCCUCUCUUCUCUUCUACCAAGAAAAUCCCAAGGUGUAGUCGACCCUUCCUUCCAACUCUGCAGUGCUGAGCCUGAAACCUGUGGCGAUGAGCAACCCAUCGAGUUCCCAUUCACCAUCCGAAACAAGCAAAACAGGUCUUGUGGGUAUCCUGGAUUCGAGCUCUCUUGCAACAACCGUGGCCAACCCACCAUCAAUAUCCAAAGAAACGACUAUAUCAUCCGCAACAUUUCCUAUGAAACCCGAAUCCUUCGCGUCUCAAACUCUGACUUUUGGAAUUCAACCACCGGUACUUGUGUUCCUUUAACUCAAAACAUAUCCCUUCCUGGUGCCCGGUUCGAGCUAGCACCGUUCCAAACCCAUGUGAAUCUGCUUUAUGGUUGCAGCGCUUCGACACUAGAGAGUACGUCAAAGUUUUCAUAUCCUGGUUGUGAUCAUGGGGAAAACAAAAACAGUUCGGUUCUGGUCCUGCCUGCAAACGACCCAAAGCUAGGGAACGUAUCGAAGGCGUGCACAACUCGGGUGGUAGCACCCAUACUUGACCCUUAUGAGCGUGAGAAUGUUGAUGGAAUUGAAGGGGCCCUGAGAAAUGGAUUUCGGGUGAAAUGGAAGGCCAGCGACUGCAGCAAUUGCCAGGAAAGUGGAGGGCGGUGUGGAUUCAAUUACAGCGAGUGGCAUUUCGAGUGCUUCUGCCCUGAUAGACCUCAGGCUUGGCGAUGCAUUUCUGGGAAAAAAAAACAAAAAUGGGUGAUACCAUUAGUCAUUUCAUCUAUUGGAAUUGGGGCUACGAUUGUGGUUAUAAUCUGCUGCUUGAGGAGAAAGUUUCCUUAUUUUUGGAAGAAGGAAAGUGUAUCACAUCAAAAUAUCGAAGACUUUCUAAGGAAUGUUGGACCUCUUGUUAUAAGAAGAUAUGGUUAUUCAGAUAUCAAGAAAAUGACCAACCUUUUCAAAGAAAAAUUAGGGCAAGGAGGCUAUGGGAGUGUCUACAAGGGUAAGCUACAAGAUGGUUGUCUUGUGGCGGUGAAGGUUUUGAAAGAAUCAAGAGAAAAUGGAGAGGAAUUUGUUAAUGAGGUUGCAAGCAUUAGUAGGACCUCUCAUGUCAACAUUGUCACUCUUAUGGGCUUUUGUUUUGAGGGUUCUAAACGUGCACUCGUUUAUGAGUUUAUGCCUAAUGGAUCACUUGAGAAGUUUAUAUACAAAGAAUAUCGUUCAAAGACUGGUCAUCAAUUGGAGUGGAAGAUAUUAUACAAUAUUGCAGUAGGGAUAGCUCGAGGACUAGAGUACUUGCAUAAUGGUUGCAAUGCACGAAUCUUGCAUUUUGAUAUAAAGCCUCACAACAUUCUUUUAGACAAGAAUUACCAUCCAAAGAUAUCUGAUUUUGGUCUUGCUAAGAUGUGUUCAAGAGAAGAGAGUAUUAUAUCAAUGUUGGGCACUAGAGGGACUGUAGGAUAUAUAGCUCCAGAAGUAUUUAAUAGAAAUUUUGGAGGGAUCUCUCACAAGUCAGAUGUUUAUAGUUACGGAAUGAUGAUUUUAGAAAUUGUUGGGGGUAGAAAGAAUAUAGAUAUCGAGGGUGAUCGUACUAGUGAAACACACAUUCCUCAUUGGAUUUACAAGCGCCUUGAACUAGAUGAAGAUCUAAGCCUGCAGGGCCUCGUGAUGAAUGGAGAAGAUCAUGAAAGUGCAAAGAAGAUGAUAAUUGUGGGUUUGUGGUGCAUACAAAUCGACCCUUCAAACCGGCCAACAAUGGGCAGAGUUGUGGAUAUGUUGGAAGGGAGUUCUGAGUACCUGCAAAUCCCACCCAAGCCUUUCUUGUCCUCCUCGUCAUGAUCAACUCAAAUAAAAUUGCCAUUUGAUUCUUCCAUGACAAUUGAUGCCUUACAGUCUAAACCUAUAGGAUAUUCCCAGAGAAUGAUACUUUUUUUGAAAUUGAAAUCUGAAUUUAGGGCAGUGGUCCAUUGCAUGAUGAGAUUUUGAAUGUCGUCCACUUACCUUAUCAUAAUCCUUGAAUCCUUUUCAAAACUUAUAAAAUGAUAUGUUGGUAAUCUACUAGCAAUUAACAUAUCAUUUCUUUGUUUUUUUUUAGUGUAAAAUUGAGCUAAGACAAUAAAGACCAUGAAACAUUUGUAUAUAGUAUGUCAUAGUUCCCUUUUCACAGCUUAUAGACCAUGAAACAUAGUCCGUCAUCGUUCCGAAUUCCCCCCCAUUAUUUGUAGACAAAUCCAUUGACAAUGAUAAUUAAGUCAAUUAAAAAUUUUCAUCUAAUCUAGAGCAAACUUGGUUAUUUAAAAUUGAAUAGAAGAGUCGACCUAAUGGCUUGUUUAUUAAAAAAUAAAUCCAUGAUAGGGCAUAAGUGCCAAAAUAUUGUUGGAAGUGUUGUGGGAAGCUAUGUAUGAAACUCCUCAUGCAUUGGACUCGUAUUGUUGACCAACUCCAAUAAGUUUGAUUUAUCGUAGAUAUGGGUCAAUUGUGUCUAUUUUAAGUAGUACCCUUAAUUAUCAAAUUAACUUAUUUGGUUUUCAUAAUGAUCAAAUCAAGAUAUUUGAUUUUCAUUAAUGAUGAAGAUAUUUACAUUAUCAUAUCCUUAUGCAAUUUUUUUGUAAAUAGGAACUAAUGCUUUGUAUUUAAUCACACUUGAGAAUAACAAAAAUGUAACUCUCAAAGUCCUUCUCCCUUCUCU